GGCCUCGCCGCUCCUGAGGCCUCCCGCCGCCCGCCCCGCCGCCGCCCGCCCCGGCUCUCCGGCCCCCGCGCCCGCCUGUCCGAGAGGUGUUUUUGAAACAAAAAAAUUCACAGUUUGGAUGUGACAAAGGACAUGAGGAGACCAAAGAUCUGGGAUUUUGCUGAUCAGAAUGAAACAAAUGUUGAAAGACUUUUCAAAUCUGUUGUUGGUGUUGCUCUGUGACUAUGUUCUGGGAGAAGCUGACUAUCUCCUCUUGGGAAAGCCAGGCCAUGUAGCUCUAAGCAACAGCACGGUGUCUGUGGAUUUCCAGUAUUUCAGUGGUGCUAAUGGGACCCUGAGGAAUGUAUCUAUCCUAUUGUUGGAGGCCAACACCAAUCAGACUGUUAUCACCAAAUACCUCCUGACCAACCAGUCACAGGGAACACUCGAGUUUGAAUGCUUCUACUUCAAGGAGGCUGGAGACUACUGGUUCACGAUGACUCCAGACACAGCUGACAACAGGACUCCAGUCCACCAGUGGGAGCAAAGUGCCUUUCUGAAGGUCAAGUGGCCUGUCUUCCACAUUGACUUGAAUAGGACAUCCAAGGCAACAGAAGGCACCUUCCAGGUGGGUCUUUUUACCAGUCAACCACUGUGCUCAUUCCCCGUAGACCAACCUGACAUCUUGGUGGACGUCAUCUUUACCAAUAGUCUUCCUGAGGCAAGAACGAGUCCAAGUCAGCCGCUAGAGAUAAGAAGCAGCAAGAGGACAGAACUCUCUCAAGGUCAGUGGGUUGAGUUUGGCUGUGCACCCGUGGGGCCAGAAGCCUAUGUCACUGUGGUGCUGAAGCUGCUUGGCCGAGACUCGAUCAUUACCUCUACAGGACCCAUUGACCUGGCCCAGAAGUUUGGGUACAAACUGGUGAUGGUGUCAGAACUGACGUGUGAGUCCAGGGUUGAGGUGAUGGUACUGCCUCCACCAUGCAUCUUUGUCCAAGGAGUGAUCACAGUCUUCAAGGAGGCCCCAAGACACCCUGGGGAAAGGACCAUUCAACUGGCUGAAAACAGCCUGAUGUUGGGAGAGAGGAAAACAGUGUUCAACUGCACUUUGUUUGACAUGGGGAGGAAUAAAUACUGCUUUGACUUUGAUGUCUCAAGCAGAAGCCAUUUUUCUGCAAAGGAGAGGGAGUGCAUGCUAAUUCAGAGAAACAUAGAAACAUGGGGACUGUGGCAGCCGUGGAGCCAGUGCAGUGCCACGUGUGGGGAUGGUGUCCGAGAGCGACGCCGUGUGUGCUUGACUCCCUUCCCCUCCAGACCUGGCUGCCCUGGAAUGUCCUUGGAGACCUCUCUGUGUUCCCUGGAGGAGUGUGCUGCUCUGCAGCCGUCCAGCGUGUCUCCCCCUCAGCCCCAGGGCCCCGGGAGGUCCAACAACGUCGUCACGAUCACCGGGAUUUCGCUGUGUCUGUUCAUCAUCGUGGCCACCGUCCUCGUCACGCUGUGGAGGAGGUUCGGCCGCGCCCCCGAGUGCGGGACGCGGGCUCGGCGCAGCCCCACGCGCUCCCCGGGCUUCCGGAAGCACUCGGACGAGGAGACCAUCUGCGAGCUGGGCGGGCCGCGUGGGAGCUUCUCGGACGCGGGCGACGGGCCCGCGGGGGGUGCGGGGGGCACGGGCAUCGCCCUGGGCUGCAGGCGCGCCAGGCCCGCCGCCCCCGAGGAUGACGCCUCGGGCAGCGAGAGCCUGCAGGCCGGUGCCCAGAAGAUCAUCCCCCCGCUGUUCAGCUACCGCCUCGCCCAGCAGCAGCUGAAGGAGAUGAAGAAGAAGGGCCUGACGGAAACCACCAAGGUGUACCACGUGUCCCAGAACCCCCUGACCGACACGGCCGUGGACGCGGCCGUGGACGCCGCCGUGGGCCCCGCCGUGGGCCUGGGCCUGGGCCUGGGCCUGGAGAGCCCCGACGGCGCGGCCGCGGACAAGUUCCGCAUCAAAUCCCCAUUUCCCGAGCAGCCCGAGGGGGGCGCCGCGGCCGGGCCCCCCUGCGGGCUGGACCUCCCCAGCUUUCAUGCCAGUCGCGCCAUCAGCCCCAGCCAGACGGUGAUCCGCAAGUCAGCCCCGAGGCAUGUGGCGGGCAGAGGGGCGCUGCUGGAGAGGAGCCACCCCAAGGGCUCCCACUUCAGGAGGACAUCGAGUUUUCACGAGGCCAAGCAGGCCCGGCCCUUCAGGGAGAGGAGCCUCUCCACCCUGACCCCACGGCAGGCCCCCGCCUGCAGCGCCAGGACGCGGCCCUGGGACCAGGCGGACGACAGGUUCCCGCCUCAGAGUCGAGGCGCUGCCCUGCUGCCGGAGAAACCUGACCAUUUCCAAGGGGCAGGUGCCACCAGAGGUCCAUUAAGCCCUCUCCCUAAAUCCUACACCCUGGGACAGCCGGCGAGGAAGCCAGACCUGGGAGACUGCCACGCAGGCUUCAUGGCGGGGGGUGAGAGAAUGGACCCUCACAGAGCUCAGAGGGGCCCGUCCCCCAGUCACAGGAGUGUCUCAAGGAAGCAGCUGUCCCCUGCUGUCCCCAAAGAUAGCUACCAGAGGGUCAGCCCUCUGAGCCCUUCUCAGUGUAGAAGAGACAAGUGUCAGAGCUUCCCAGCCCACCCUGAGUUUGCCUUCUAUGAUAACACCUCAUUUGGCCUCACUGAGGCAGAGCAGAGGAUGCUGGACCUCCCGGGCUAUAUUGGGUCAAAUGAAGAGGAUGAAACCACAAGUACCCUCAGUGUGGAGAAGCUGGUCAUCUAACCUAGAUCAGCCUGUGACUUCACACAACUGAGGUCCUUUGCCCAGCUCUUGGUAUCAGCUGCUCACAGUGGUCUGUGGGCUGAUUUUGUACAUUAGGAUUGGGUGGCAAGGAAGUAACUGAAGUGUAUGCAUGUGUUUUAAUUCAUAAGGAAGAAGUUACUUAUUUUGAACUCUUCCCUUUGUUAUCCUAAUUCUCUUGGUUUAUUACUAAUAAGUUCAAUAAUAAAAUUUAAAUGGGCAAAACA